AUAACUAUAUGAAAGUGUACAUAAGUACAUUAUUUGUCGUUAUGGGCAACACCGAAGUUGUGAAAUCGCUGGAUGUAAUGGGAGACAGUAAUCAGAGUGGUGUAACCAACAGAUCAAUCAGUGAUCGCGAACGCUUUAAAAGCCUGGAAGACAUUGAUGUGACCGCCGAUGGGAGUCCGGUAUUGAGAUGCAUGAUCUCCAUCACCUACUCUGUGGUUUGCGUCGUAGGUCUGAUUGGGAACCUGUUGGUGUUCUUCUUUAUUCGCGUGAGACAAGAGAGACGCAUAUCCAAAAUAAACUUUUUUAUCCUCAAUUUGGCAGUAACGGAUUUUCAGUUCGUGUUGACUUUGCCUUUCUGGGCCGUGGACAUGGCGUUGGACUUCAGCUGGCCGUUUGGAGACGCCAUGUGUAAGAUCAUCCUGUCGGUGACCGUGAUGAACAUGUACGCGAGCGUCUUCUUCCUGACCGCGAUGAGCAUCACACGGUACUGGUCAGUGGCUUCAGCUCUGAAGGACCGCAGAAGACAGACCAGCUGCUCCAUCAGGUGGGUCAGUGUCGUCCUGUGGUCCCUGGCCACCGUAGCCACCGCGCCAACAUCCAUCUUCUCCACAGUCACUAACGUGGCCGGCGAAAAACUUUGUUUAUUGCGGUUCCCCGACGGACAGUAUUGGUUGGCAGUCUAUCAUCUCCAGAAAAUACUAAUCGCUUUUAUUUUGCCCAUGGCAAUAGUCUCGAUCAGUUACCUGCUGCUGUUGAGGCUCAUCCGACAGCGGAGUAUGAAGAACAACUCAAAACGAAGAACUCAAGUCACAAAGUCCGUCACCAUCGUGGUCUUGUCGUUCUUCCUCUGCUGGAUGCCCAAUCAUGCUAUAACUUUUUGGGGCGUGCUGGUGAAAUUCAACGCUGUGUACUGGGAUAAGUCGUACUAUAUCGUUCAUACCUAUGUGUUUCCUGUGACUGUGUGCCUGGCGCACGCGAACAGCUGUUUAAACCCACUUAUUUACUGUCUUAUGCGUAGAGAGUUCAGGAAAAAACUGAAGGACCUGUUUCUCCGAGUCUGAGAAACAGGUGAAUGUGCAUGCGACUCUGUCCUGUGGAACAAACGCAAGCAAUUUGGAAGACUUGAAAAGACACAUCUGCUGCUGUUUACCGUCACACUCACACAGGGGCCUUUUAAUGGACAUCCGGCACAGAAGUGAUGCUCUUGAUGACGUUCUGUUGAUUAUGGCACGUCACACUCCCGUGUUUAGUCUGUAGAGGUCAACGGACUGUGAGGAACAG